CAUCUCUCUGAGUCUCUCUCCCAUGAGUCCUAUCAUCAUGCAUGGGGCGUCGUGAAUGCUCUAUUUCCUCCUCCUCUUCUUCUUCUUCCUUGUCACCAUCCUGUUACUCGAGCUCAUGAGCGUUAUCAGUGGAAGGCUGGAAGCUUGAAACCUGUACUCUGCAACUGCCACCAACCCUCGGAAAUCUUUGCAACUCAAGAUAUGAUGCUACUACUAUAUCAGUUACUUGCUCUUAGUGAUUGCUGCCACAGUCUGGUUCCGUUCAAACCUGAACCUUUCCGAACCGGACGCAUGGUCCGGUCCCAGGUUCGGCCAAGACUCAGAACCGAACCUCUCCAGAGGUCCGGGGUUCGAACCUCAGAAUUUUGGCGUAGGUUUCACAUAGAGCCGUCGCAGCUGACGAAGCAGAACUUGUAGGUUCGGAAGAAGUGCCAGUACGAGAACGAGUGGAUGAUGGUUAAGGUUGAUUUGCAGCAGCCAUAAUUGUCGCUUCCUUGACCACACUGGACCGCUCCCGGAUUAUUUGUCUUCUCUAUCCUGGGAAACACGACAUACGCAUUGUCUAUUAUUGCUACAUCUCGCGACGCAGAUUAUAUGCAAGCUGGCUAGCAGGUAUUUGCUCGUGACUUAUGUAUAUUACAUGCAAUUGACUAAUCGCUUAAUUUUUUAGGUAGCGGAUUGACCGUCUUUCUCGAUAUACUUGUGCGAUGGAUCACACAUCUCCCGGUUCUGGUAUUUGCUCUUGAUUUCCCGCAUUCGCAUACAUAGGUUCGGGACGAUGUAUUGUACUAUUAUCAAUUCAAUGCAAUGCAAUGCUGUAUCAGAA